UUCCGAAAUAGCGGCAUAGCACGUAAAACGAAAAUCGCCUAAAUACCUUUGUUUUUUGCAAUUAAAAGCGUAUUUGCAUAUAACGCCUAAGGAUAAUGAAACGUUAUAAGACAACAAUAAAAUACAAGUAGCUCCAAACAACAAACUACAACAACAAAAAAUAUCAUAAUAAAAUAUAAAAGAAGCAACAGCCGCAAACAGGCAGUGUGAGAGCUGAAAACGCUACAUCAACAAAAAUAUCAUUGGAGACAGAAAAGACAGAAAAGCAGCCUAACAGCAACUGCACCAGCUAAAGCAAAUCAAGCAUUUACAACUACAAUACACUGCAAACAGUCAUCAGAGCAAGAAAUUACAAUAACAAAAAGAGAGGAAAAUCUAUACAAAAUAAUAAAAAAAAUUAUUUGUUUCACUUAUACAAGCACACACACACACAAACAUUAUUUCGUACGCACACACAAUAAACACAAAUUAUACACAAUACGGUUACUCCAUUGGGACAACUACAAUUUGAACAUUCUGUAGUCACAACUUCCUACGUCACCCCAAUACCUAAGACAGUUGUUAGAAAGUAUAAAUGAAAGCAAAGCAGAAGUUGUUGUAUUUGUAAUCGCAUUUUUAUAACUGCGAAACUACGAAGCGUGUUGAUUGUAUAAUAAUUGCAAUAACAUUUAUUUUGUUGUUGUUGUUGUUCGUCCAGCGAAGGAUAGUACACCACAACAUAACAGAAUUCGUCAUUGUCUCAAAUCAUCAUAAAUAAUGUUAAGCAUAGACGUCAAGUACUGAAAAGAUGGUAAAAUCCUAAAUUCUUUUAUACUUGCUUUCGCAGUUGUACUCGUCAAGUAAUAUCAUUUAGGACUACAGCAACAGUUUUAUUGUAUGGCAAUAGGAAAAAGAAAAAAAAAUUAAGUGACAGUUGAAAACUUUACUGAUUUAUAGAGAAAUAUAAACGGCACAACAACAACAAGAAAAACAACAACAACAGGAAAAAUAUAAAUAACAGUUACUACAAUACACAAAAGCAAUUUAGAAAGCAAAAAGUUUCAGAAAUCAAAAGAAAAGUAAAAAUUUAAAACCUUAAAUGCGACAGAUGCUGCAGUAGCAGAAUUAAGAGCAGCAUCUCAACGCAACGCAACGCAACACAACGCAACGCAACAGGGACAUCAGCACAGAGACAGCACCUUUUCACAGCAUACAAGUUGCUUUCAUUAAGUGAAUUGCUACAAAUACAAUUGCUGUUAGUAGAGACUUGUGUCACCCACAGCGGCGCAACAGCUUCGUUAGUCAUCUAAUUUGUUUGGCUUUUGCUGAGGUGUGAGUUUGAUUGUGUAAGUGAGUUAGUGAGUGAGUGAGUGACUGAGCAAUACGCAAUGCGGGGUAGACACCUACGUAGGCGCUUUAGCUUGCAGCCUUCCUUUAUGAAGGACGACAAUGCUGAGGAUAAACCAAAACGCGAUAAAGCUGGUCGGAAUAAUGCAGUGGAUGAUGCUAUAGGACCCGCAAAUGCGCGUCAUAAAAUCGUCGUUAUGGGUUCUGCGAAAGUUGGCAAAACAUCAAUAAUUACACAAUUUCUAUAUAACUCAUUCACCACCAAAUACAAAAGGACCAUUGAGGAAAUGCAUCAAGGAAACUUUUCAAUUGCGGGCGUUAGUCUCACAUUGGAUAUUCUAGAUACGGCAGGCUCCUAUGAGCAAAAUGAAGAUUGGGAAAUGGUGGAUCUUCUUGGUCAAAUUUCAAAUAACACUAAAUUAGCUUUGAAUCUGAAUACAUUUAGAAUACAACCAUAUAUACCAUAUAAAGCAGACUUCUAA